AUGCUGGACGGGUUGAAGAGCCCUUCGCAUUCUCUAUUACUGAUAGAAGGUGGUGAUGAAAAUUUCCAUGGGCCCUCCCAGCUGCGGCCAGAACCUUGUGGCUGGACCUACGAGAUUGAUCUUGAUCGCAAUAUCUUCCAUGUGUGCGGCAUGCCUUUUUUCUCCUUGGAAUGUCUCCCAGAUGACGCCGUUUUUCUCCAAUACAUCUCCGAUGAUGGCAUCACUGCAGAUCAUUACGGCCACGCAGCUUGCCCGUUAGAAUGUCCCCCGGAGAACAGAUACAAAAAACCAACACCGCCAAUUGUCCACAAUUCUGAACUCGAGACGUACCAGUCUUUGAUGUGCACCGGAUCUCAAGUGGCUCUGAGUGAUCUGCUCGCCGUCAGUGACGGCCUUUCUCAAGACGAGCACGUUCGGGUCACAUUGCUAGAAGUCAUGAUUGGGCAGUGCAUGUUUAGCUCAGCCAUUGGCAGGGAAAUCUACGAAAUAGAGCUUUUAAACGACCACAACCAGAUCACGGACGAUCAAUGGUCAAUUGCAUGCUUCAUGGCCAGCAUUACAUUUAUUCCUCAGAUGUUCGACGACAUACAGUGCAUUUACCAUUGCAAGCUGAAAAGAAAGGAGUUCACGUGGGUUCGCGAAGACACUGUUGUCUACAUCGCAACACAUCUAUAUGACGAGCGAUGCCUACAGGCUUCUGUGUCACGUCUGAUCAACGUGAUCUUGGAGCAGACGAAUCAUUCUGGUCAUUACUUUGGAAUCGCGUUUUCUGUCUUCCAUUGUGCAGUCGUCAAAGUCGUCAAAAACGCACACACGAUGUCAUUCAGCCACACGAGCGCCCUCCAAUUUUUACCAUCAUUCUACGCUGAUUCACCUUCAACGCCAGGCAUCACUGCUCUCGCUCGCCUUGGAUAUCGCAUCGACCCCGCACUUUUUCGGCGUGCUUUGGAGGCUUGUCAUUAUGUGCGGUACAGUGGCAUUUACCUGAAGGAAUCCCUCGUUCAGAGAGCUGAUAGAAGUGACGAUAUGCCACCCACCACCAUCUGUCCAACGCUGCCUCUUGAACUUUGGCGAGAGAUCGCCUGUUAUCUCACUCAUCCCUUUCACCUCAUCGUCCUCGGAUUGGUCUCAAGACUGUGCCGUCAAGCAGUCUCGAUGGUACUCCGCUGUACCCACCUCUGUGGCUAUCGCCUGGUCUCCGCUCCCCAAGAGAGACCAGAGUAUAGGAAGGAAAACCUCUCGCUACGGGCAGCAUCUUUUUCCGCUGUACGAAACGGCAUUCCUACUACGGUGGAUGUUGGAGUGACUGGGAUGCUUAACGAUCGACUACCAGAGCAGCGCAUGAUUAUUCCCCUCGAAAUCAAAGAUUCCUAUUUUCAUCUUACCCUUUCAGCCGAUCCUUGA